CCACAAACCCUUCUCCAAAGUGGCGUCGAUGCCGUUCGCUGCGCCAUCCGAUUCGGAAGCGCGACCGACUGCGCCAUGAGAUGCCAUGAGCAGCAAGGUUGGCCGUGCUGCUAGCGUGCCGACAUCCUCCUUGGCGGCUGACCAAGUGGCCAAGAAUUGGCAGAUUGGGGACAGGAUCAAGACGCAGGUCGGCAAGAAAACCUAUUGCGGAACAGUUCGCUUCGUUGGAGUCACCUACUUCGCUCAUGGAGACUGGGUCGGAGUUGAACUCGAAGAGGCCAUUGGAAAGAACAAUGGCACCGUUCAGGAGGUCGUGUACUUCCGUUGCCCAGCCCAGCAUGGCCUCUUCUGCCGGCCCUGGACAAUCCAAGCCGUGGAAUCGGUAGAGACCGGAACAGCAGAGCUCAAAAGCCUGACGAAGCACCUCGAGGACCUCACAACGAAGGUGAAAGAAAUCCAUGCUGCUCAAGCCAAGACCAGUGAACAGCUCGACCGCCUGGAAGCCACGGACCGGAGCCCCUUCAGCCAGGAUCUCAUCAAGAAGGUGGACGAGCUCCAUGCUGCUCAAGCCAAGAACAGUGAAAAGCUCGACCUCCUGGAAGUCACUGAGCAGGGCCCCUUCAGCCAGGAUCUCGUCAAGAAGGUGGAACGACUUCAUGAACGCGUGGACCAGGCCCUACCAGCGCCGAAGCCGCGCCGUGAUCCGCAGGCCAAGAGCUUGGACGCGUUGUCUCUUUGCUUCGAGUAUGCCAAUGCUGAGCUGACCCUCGUGGCACCCUCCUGGCGACUCCACUUGCGAGAAGUGGCCAAGAUGGUGGCUUACCUGGUGCAGGUGGUGAACGGUUUUCAGGCUGGGACCGCCCAAGAACGAGAGCGAAGUGGGGGUUUGGACUGGUGA